AUGCCUCGUCCAGAGCUUGACUACCGCUUCCCGCAAACUACCUACAGUUUCGAGAUUGAAUGUCUGGUGGCACAGGAGCUGCCGGGGUUCAACUACGACUCUACUCUCAACUACUUUCAUGGAAGUUGUGAUGCUCUGCCUUGGGCAUGUCCGGCCGACGAAAAAGAUCCUUACCAAGCCAUUCUGGAGGGGGUCAAGGAGUUGCUGCUGAGAUACGGACAGCCUGUGGCAAACGGCGCGAACGUUUCGGCUCCCCAGCCAUAUGCAGGAGAUGCUUCAUAUCGCCCUGACGAAUUAUGGCACGUCGAACCUUCAGUCACUACAUAUGCAAAGAGAGACAGUCCGCAGAUGUACGAAUGGUUUGGCGUACGGCUUCGCAGUCCAACAUAUCAAAGCAAGAUCUUCGUGGCCAACGAUAUUGAAUCGCCGACGGAAUGGAUCCUCGACGUUCUGAGAAAGAGCCUUGUUAUACACCUCAACUCAACGUGCAGAUUCAAUGUUCAGGUCCGGCCCUUGACCGAAGCGGUAUCUCUACUUCAUGUCAAGAAACUGGUCACACUGGUCUGGGUUCUUGAAAAGGAGCUGUUUGAACGCCUCUCUCCCAACUCUUACGGGCGGCUUCACCCUCACGUUCGAACGCUAGAGGCGCAUUCUCGGGUCGCGAGUCUCAUCUGGCAUGGCUCUGGAGAAAGGUCGCCUCAGAAAGACCCCUUGAACUCUGCCGUCACGAACCUUCAUUUGCCCGACCUACAAAACAAGGAACUUUUAGCCAGACUUCAAUUUCUGUGGCAGAUGCAGUCACUCGACGACCUUGUCGCCGCUCUUCGUACAACCACCGGUCAGGAUACAUCACUUGCUAUACGGCCUACGGGAGGGCCUUUUGAUACACCAAUCUUUGAGUUUCGCUACGCCCUCUGGCACCCCUUUGGCCAACUAGACGCAUCCAAGCACUGGAUCGAGCUGUCUUCGAAACUCGUCCAGACUUCCUUGGUGAACGCUUCCACCUUCAAGAGGAACGUCACACUACUGGAUGGUAUGAUAUACAACUCUUCGAAGAGCGACACGCCCCCCACACUUCGAUGGAGGGCGCUCUUGGCAAUAAUGGACCUGGAAAAGUGGUCGGACUCCUGGGAGUUCAUCAUCAGCCAGUACAAGGACGGCCAACGGCUCGCCGCUCGAUCGCUCGAUAAGCAGAAACUUUUACACGAGGAGUUGAAAAAAGCAGAUGGCGAGAUGGAGACCACAGCAUGA